CGGGCUUGGCUCCGCGCGGCCCGAGCAUUCCAGAGAGCCGAGCGAACUCCAGCAACAAAGGAGCCGGGGAGUCGGCGGGCAGAAGUGGGGGGCUGCGGCGCUCCAGGGCCAAGGCGGCUGCUGGGCCGCUGGGGCGGAGCCGGGAAGCAAGCCCCGCACCCCGGCCCGGGCCUGGCUCCCCUCUUCGGGGCGGAGAGCUAACUUAUUAUUAUUUUUUUAUUUGAUGGUGGAAGUGGGCAUGGGACUGGCUAUCCGGGGCCCUGGGGGCCCCCGGGGUUAAAGGCAACUCGGGGGCAGGGAGUUGCGCGCCCCGGCCCUGGGCCUCCGCCGCCCAACAUGGGGCCCGGGUUCCAAAGUUGGCGAAGUUGGGCGCGCAGGGCCCGGGGCGCGCGGGGCGUCCUGAGGGGCCCGGACACAGGCUCGCGGGGAGCACUGGUGGCCUGAGGCGCCUCCGCCGCCCCAGAGGUGCCGCGCGGGGCUGGGGGAGCUCCGGGGAAGGGGCGGGGGCGCGGGGGCUUCUGCUGAGUUGGCGGGUUUGGCCAUGGCCGCUGCCCGCCCGGCGCGGGGGAUGGAGCACCAGCUCCUGGGGCUGCUGCAGCUGCUGCUGCUGCUCCUGCUGUUGGAGAACCCCGGGCGGGGGGCGGCCUGGAGCGGCAAUGCAACCGGACCUGGGCCUCGGGGCGCGGGCGGGAGCGGCCGGAGGAGCGCGGCGGCAGGGACCGGCCCGCCACCGCUGCUGAGCCAUUGCGGCCGGGCCGCCCCCUGCGAGGCGCUGCGCUACAACGUGUGUCUGGGCUCGGCGCUGCCCUACGCCGCCACCUCCACGCUGCUGGCCGGGGACUCGGACUCCCAGGAGGAGGCGCACGGCAAGCUCGUGCUCUGGUCCGGUCUGCGGAAUGCGCCGCGCUGCUGGGCGGUGAUCCAGCCGCUGCUGUGCGCGGUGUACAUGCCCAAGUGCGAGGAUGACCGCGUGGAGCUGCCCAGCCGCACCCUGUGCCAGGCCACCCGCGGGCCCUGCGCCAUCGUGGAGAGGGAGCGCGGCUGGCCCGACUUCCUGCGCUGCACACCCGACCUUUUCCCCGAGGGCUGUCCGAACGAGGUGCAGAACAUCAAGUUCAACAGUUCGGGCCAGUGCGAGGCGCCCUUGGUCAGGACAGACAACCCCAAGAGCUGGUACGAAGACGUGGAGGGCUGCGGGAUCCAGUGCCAGAACCCACUCUUCACAGAGGCUGAGCAUCAGGACAUGCACAGCUACAUCGCUGCCUUUGGGGCGGUCACUGGCCUCUGCACGCUCUUCACCCUGGCCACUUUUGUGGCUGACUGGCGGAACUCCAACCGCUACCCCGCAGUCAUCCUCUUCUACGUCAACGCCUGCUUCUUUGUGGGCAGCAUCGGCUGGCUGGCGCAGUUCAUGGAUGGGGCACGUCGCGAGAUUGUAUGCAGGGCGGACGGUACCAUGCGGCUAGGGGAGCCCACGUCCAAUGAGACCCUAUCCUGUGUCAUCAUCUUCGUCAUCGUGUACUAUGCCCUGAUGGCUGGCGUCGUGUGGUUCGUGGUCCUCACCUAUGCCUGGCACACCUCCUUCAAGGCCCUAGGCACCACCUACCAGCCUCUGUCGGGCAAGACCUCCUACUUCCACCUGCUCACAUGGUCCCUCCCCUUUGUCCUGACUGUGGCCAUCCUCGCUGUGGCCCAGGUGGAUGGGGACUCAGUGAGUGGCAUCUGCUUUGUGGGCUACAAGAACUACCGUUACCGCGCCGGCUUCGUGCUGGCCCCCAUUGGCUUGGUACUCAUCGUGGGUGGCUACUUCCUCAUCCGAGGAGUCAUGACACUGUUCUCCAUCAAGAGCAACCACCCCGGGCUGCUGAGUGAGAAGGCAGCCAGCAAGAUCAAUGAGACCAUGCUCCGGCUGGGCAUCUUUGGCUUCCUGGCCUUUGGCUUUGUACUAAUCACCUUCAGCUGCCACUUCUACGACUUCUUCAACCAGGCUGAAUGGGAGCGCAGCUUCCGGGACUACGUGCUGUGCCAGGCCAAUGUCACCAUCGGAUUGUCCACCAAGAAGCCCAUCCCUGACUGCGAGAUCAAGAAUCGGCCCAGCCUCCUAGUGGAGAAGAUCAAUCUGUUUGCCAUGUUUGGCACCGGUAUUGCCAUGAGUACCUGGGUCUGGACCAAGGCCACGCUCCUCAUCUGGAGGCGGACCUGGUGCAGGCUGACUGGGCAGAGCGAUGACGAACCCAAACGUAUCAAGAAAAGCAAAAUGAUCGCCAAGGCCUUCUCCAAGCGCCGGGAGCUGCUGCAGAACCCCGGCCAAGAGCUCUCAUUCAGCAUGCACACCGUCUCCCAUGACGGGCCUGUGGCUGGUUUGGCCUUUGACCUCAAUGAACCCUCAGCCGAUGUGUCCUCUGCCUGGGCCCAGCAUGUCACCAAGAUGGUGGCUCGGAGGGGAGCCAUCCUGCCCCAGGAUGUGUCUGUCACCCCUGUGGCCACUCCAGUGCCCCCAGAGGAAAAAGCCAACCUGUGGCUGGUUGAGGCAGAGAUCUCCCCGGAGCUGGAGAAGCGCCUGGGCCGCAAGAAGAAGCGCAGGAAGAGGAAGAAGGAGGUGUGCCCACUGGGGCCUCCCACUGGGCUGCACCACCCCGGGUCUGCAGUGGCCCCCAGCGCUGUGCCUCGCCUGCCUCAGUUGCCCCGGCAGAAGUGCCUGGUGACUACAGGCACUUGGGGUGCUGGGGAGACCUGCCGACAGGGCACCUGGUCCCUGGUCUCCAGUCCCUUCUGCCCAGAGCCCAGUCCCCAGCAGGACCCGUUUCCGCCCAGCAUGCCAGGGCCCUCGGCCUGGGCUCAGGGCCGCUGGCAGGGGUUGGGCCCCAUUCACUCCCGCACCAACCUGAUGGAGGCAGAGCUGAUGGACACAGACUCAGACUUCUGAGCCUGGAGAGCUCUAUGGAACCCCAAGGGGUGGGAGGGCUUCCUUGCUGAGAACAUGUGGGCCCAGUGCCCUCCUUGGAGGGUCCUAGAUGGCCUGGAUGGCUUAUCUCUUAUCUUCUGGGGAGGCCUCACCCAGAAGAGGGAUCCUGGAGCCCUGGGUCCUCAUUUCUGGCCCCACUGCCCACCCCCUCCCCAAGCUGGACCAUGGGGUCUACAGAGCUUGUGGGUGGUCACAGCAGAAGUGGGGAGACUGAACCCUGAAGGGAUGCUGGUAGACAGAGAGACGUUGAGCAGUGUUUGGCCAAUGAGGGCUGACAGCCCCUUUCCUGUGCCAAUUGGUGCCCUUUCCUGGCACGCCGAGACCAAAAGUGUUUAUAGUGUCAUUAGUCUUUUGUCCAGGUGAGACUCGAAUUCCCUGCACCCUCUUCCAGAUGGCUGUAGGCUGGGAGGUCUUACUCCCACCUUUCUUUAUAGCCUGUCCAAUUGACCCUUCCCAGCCCCUAUCCUCAUGCCCCAGUCCCCUUCCCCAUCUCAGUUCAACCAGGUCACCUUCUUCUCUGCUUUCAGUUUGUGGAUUAGGACCCAAAACUACCUAAUUCUCCAUCCCCUGCCCUUUCUCAGCCAUUGGGCCUCUGUCUCCAUCUGAGAGGCUGGUUCAGCUAUAGAUCUCUUUCAGAAGCAGUCAAUGGCCAGAAGCACCUGUUAACUCUUCCUGGAAUCUGCCCCUAGGGGAUGGACCCCCUGGCUUAAAGAAUUGUUCUGGAGAGCCAGAAUUUUUGUAUUCUAGUUUGGCCUGACAGAAAAGCAUCCAGCAACUUUCACAGCUGGUGAUCAAAGAGAUCCCCACCUCUCCUAAGCUCCAACCAUGUCCCCAACCCUCCCCCUACUCUAUCCCCCAAUUCAAGAAACAGAAGCUGAAGGAGCUGGCCAAGUUCCAGAUGAGGGGGCAGGGGUGGGGAGGAGAAAUAUGAGCAGCAAAGAAUAAAAAGUUUUUGUAUAAAGCUCGAGAUAUGAUUCUUUCCAUACACUGCAGUCUCCACCUUGCGGUUUAUCACAUU